AGGCUCAGGAGGUAAUUAAGUUACUUGCCCAAGAUCACAAUGCAAAUAGUAAAUAGGGAGACUGGCUAUGAACCCAGGUGGUCUGGCCCCCCCCCCAGUCAGUGUCGUUUCUGUGGGAAAUUUACUUUACCAAAGAAGAGAGAUCUAAAAGUUGACACUACUUUUUCAACUGUAAAAGCCUCUUUCAGAUUUCAAAAUAGCAUAAAAGAUUGCAGUGACUGCACUGCAGAAACAAUGCUGUGGAUUUUCCAAAUACAAGCGUCUGACAAAUGGUUACGGGGCAGUGUUUUGAAAUGACUAAAGGCAAGGGGAGAGAAACUGAAUUUUGAAUCUCAGAGCUAAACGAGGAUUAUAACUCUUUGUAGGUACUGAAUUCUAGGACAGUGAUUCAGCAGGAAAACUUACGUGAGAUAUAAUAUUGAAUGAUACUUGAUGUCUUACUGCUUUUCUUUUUAAACACUUAAUAGAUUCAUCCCUAGCGGUAGUAAUUUACCAGGAAGUGAGUGUUACUGAAAGUUUCCUAUGUGCUUCUAUCCAUUUGCUUUGUCCUUACGUGGAAUCUCGAUCCACUUUUUCAGCUUGUCUUGGGCAGUAGAGAGCACUGUUGGGGCCAGGAGGCCUCUUCAAACCAAGAAAUAUUUCUUUGGUGGAAAAAAACUGUAAAAUUGUGCUGUUGAUUGGAUGACAGACCUGGAGUGAAGUGAUUCUGAAGCUGUGUGGAAUUGGAUGUGGGUCUGCAAGAUGAAGCAAGAUGAAGAGAAAUGGGAUUCUCUGAAAACCCACUUUUGUGUCCCUUUUGUCAGGAGCUGACAGUAUUAUUUUGGGGGUGUUGGGCAUCAGCAGAGUCACUGAAUCUAAACGACUCCAGAGAUAGGGGAGUACAUACGUCAGCACCCCCACUGUCCAGGAAUCAGAGGAGGAAGUGCCCUUGAAUGAAGGAUGGGCCCCAAUCCUGGUUAGCAGCCAGGGAGGACACACGCUCUGCAGGUAUCUUACUUUGGAAAAAGCUCAGCUUGGCUUCCAUGUCAUCUUUGAGUAUGAGAGAGAAUCCUGUUUUGAGCAUGUCCUCAACAUAGACCAAAGAACCAGGAGGAGACAUCACAGCUUUCCCAGAUUGGGAGGAAAAAUAUGGAAUGUGUUUUACCACUGACUGAACACAACCAAAUGAACUGUACUGACAGUAGUUUGAAAACCAGCAGUUAGCAGUUUGUUCAGGCUCUAACAUUGUCCAGCACUUUCCAGAGCAAACUCACUGUUUACAAGAACUCUCGGCCUUACGACGUUUAUAACCUCAAGCUUUGUUUAUUUAAAAUAUUUCUGCAAAAGAAAAGUACCCGGAGCCCACUUUCCAAAAUGGCCAUGGAUGAGUAUUUGUGGAUGGUCAUUUUGGGUUUUAUCAUAGCUUUUAUCUUGGCGUUUUCUGUUGGUGCAAACGAUGUUGCCAAUUCAUUUGGUACUGCUGUGGGCUCUGGCGUGGUGACCUUGAGACAAGCAUGCAUUUUGGCUUCAAUAUUUGAAACCACUGGCUCAGUGUUACUGGGAGCCAAAGUGGGAGAGACCAUUCGAAAAGGUAUCAUUGAUGUGAACCUAUACAACGAGACAGUAGAAACACUAAUGGCCGGGGAAGUUAGUGCGAUGGUCGGGUCAGCAGUUUGGCAGUUGAUUGCGUCCUUCCUGAGACUCCCCAUCUCGGGCACUCAUUGCAUUGUCGGUUCUACCAUAGGAUUCUCACUUGUCGCGAUUGGCACACAAGGUGUACAGUGGAUGGAGCUCGUCAAGAUUGUUGCUUCUUGGUUUAUAUCUCCACUGUUGUCUGGUUUCAUGUCUGGCGUGCUAUUUGUACUGAUCAGAAUUUUCAUCCUAAAGAAGGAGGACCCUGUUCCCAAUGGCCUGCGGGCACUCCCAGUGUUCUAUGCAGCUACAAUAGCAAUAAAUGUGUUUUCCAUCAUGUACACGGGAGCACCAGUGCUUGGUCUGGUCCUUCCCAUGUGGGCGAUAGCACUCAUCUCCUUUGGUGUUGCACUGCUGUUCGCCCUUUUUGUAUGGCUCUUUGUGUGUCCAUGGAUGCGGAGGAAAAUAGCAGGCAAAUUACAAAAAGAAGCUGCUUUAUCGCGAGUGUCUGAUGAAAGCCUCGGGAAAAUUCAGGAAGCAGAGUCCCCGGUAUUUAAAGAGCUACCAGGUGCCAAGGCCAAUGAUGACAGCACCGUCCCUCUCACGGGGUCAGCGGGGGAGCCGGCUGGGACCUCGGAAGGCACAUCAGUGGGGAACCACCCCCGGGCCUCCUAUGGAAGGGCACUGUCCAUGACCCAUGGCUCGGCAAAAUCACCCAUCUCCAACGGCACCUUCGGCUUCGACGGCCACACGCGGAGCGAUGGGCACGUGUACCACACGGUGCACAAGGACUCGGGGCUCUACAAGGACCUGCUGCACAGAAUGCACACGGACAGGGGCCCCGAGGAGAGGCCCGCCCCGGAGAACAACUACAGGCUGCUGCGGCGCAACAACAGCUACACGUGCUACACAGCCGCCAUCUGCGGGCUGCCCGUGCACGCCACCUUCAGAGCCACCGACUCAUCCUCCGCGCCCGAAGACAGCGAGAAGCUGGUGGGCGAUGCCGUGUCCUACUCCAAGAAGAGACUUCGCUACGACAGCUACUCGAGCUACUGCAACGCGGUCGCAGAAGCCGAGAUCGAGGCCGAUGAGGGGGGUGUGGAAAUGAAGCUGGCUUCUGAGCUGACCGAUCCCGACCAGCCCCGGGAGGACCCCGCGGAGGAGGAGAAGGAGGAGAAGGACACCGCCGAGGUCCACCUCCUGUUCCAUUUCCUACAGGUCCUCACUGCCUGUUUUGGAUCCUUCGCUCAUGGUGGCAAUGACGUGAGUAACGCCAUCGGUCCCCUGGUAGCCUUGUGGCUGAUUUACGAGCAAGGUGCAGUCCUACAAGAAGCAGCGACCCCCGUCUGGCUGCUGUUUUAUGGAGGAAUUGGAAUCUGUACCGGCCUCUGGGUCUGGGGGAGAAGAGUGAUCCAGACCAUGGGGAAGGACCUCACUCCCAUCACACCAUCGAGCGGCUUUACCAUCGAGCUGGCCUCCGCGUUCACCGUGGUGAUCGCCUCCAACGUCGGGCUUCCGGUCAGCACCACGCACUGCAAGGUGGGCUCGGUGGUGGCCGUGGGCUGGAUCCGCUCCCGGAAGGCCGUGGACUGGCGUCUCUUCCGGAAUAUCUUUGUGGCCUGGUUUGUGACUGUGCCCGUGGCUGGCUUGUUCAGCGCUGCUAUCAUGGCCCUCCUCAUGUACGGGAUCCUCCCCUACGUGUGAUUUGUGUCUUCUUCCACGCCGCGCACAAGGGGUGGUCUGGGGUGGGCACGUGGGGGUGGCACGUGGCAUGCGUCCUGCCCGUGCGCGGGCUGCCCACCCCCCCCCCCGCUUCUCUGCGUCCCUUUCCUAGGGUUCCAAACCACACUGUUCACCUACACUGUAGAGUCCCCCUCCAGAGCUAACUUAACUACUGUACAGAGUUACGUGCAUUAAACUGGUAUCGUGGUGACACGACGUGGUGCGGUUACUUCCCUGUCCGCUGCAUAGUGUGUACGUAGACUAGCAUUAUCUCCGCAUACUCAAAAUGGGAGUGGAGCUGUAUUGCCUAGGACCCAGUAUUCAACAAAUCCUUGUACAUCGUGAUUUCAGUGGCAAAUUUCAAGAACCUUUUCAAAGGAAAGCGUAGAUUGGAAAGGGGUGUUUCCCCCGUUGAACAGACUGUAAGACAAGCGUGAGUCGGGAUGCCUGGUGCACAUUUGGGCAGGUGUAUGUCCGCGGGUGUGCUCUUGAUACUGGGGUGGGGGUUCACGAGGGCUCUCACUGAGGAAUCUGUUCAUAUACUGUGUAUUGAUUCUGUAAUAUAUCAUAAUCGCUUCUGUAAAUACUUCAAACUGUAAUUUUUUAAUGGUGUGCUUCCCUAUACUUUUUUGAUCAGAGAAUUUUGGAAAGUACCAAAGAAGCAGGGGAAUAGUUUGCCAGUAUUCUAUUUUCAUAUUGCCUGUCUCCCCUUCUCAUUAAUCCUACCGUUAGCCUGUGCUGGAGGGAGGCCGCCGGGCCCUGGCCUGCCCCUCACAGCGCAGAUGCUGAAGCACCAGCCCUCC